AUGCAUGAGAAAUCAAGAAAUUACCAUGCACAAAUUUUAGUGCCAAAAUCAAAUAAACAUAACAAUCCUUUUGGUGAUGCAAUUUAUGGAGCUGGAUCGGAUCUAAUCAAAACUGAAUUUAGUGAUUACAGUGAGAAGCCUCCGGGAUCAAGCUCAUCUUAUGUUCAUAGCAAUCUUGGAAGAUUACUCUCCAACACCCGAUAUUAUUUUCAGGUCAAUGAUCAAUAUGUUAUAAAUAAAUUGAAAGUGAUUCUUCUUCCAUUUCUGCACAAGGGACAUUGGAUGAGGGUAACGGAUAAUGUUGAGGGUCAAUUAUGUUAUAAGCUUCCAAUUUAUGAUAUAAAUGCACCUGAUUUGUACAUCCCAUUGAUGGCAUUUGGUAGUUAUCUCGUUCUUGCUGGCUUCUUUCUCGGCAUAAAUGGAAAGUUCAGUCCUGAAGCUUUAGGAGUGCAAUUUUCGAACGGACUGAUUUGCUGGCUGUUCCAAGUCCUCCUUCUCGAGGCUACACUGCACAAUUUAGGCGACGGAGACAUACCCUUACUUGAUGUUGCUGCAUAUGGAGGAUACAUUUUUGUUGCUGUAUCGGUUGUGUUGAUGGCCAGAAUAGUUGGCGGCUAUUGCUUCUAUGUGGUUGCAUUAUGGGAGGGUGUCUGUAUGGGGAUGUUUUUGGUGAAAAUUCUGAAGAAAAUUUUGAUUGCAGCGGUUAGAAUUCCUGAGAAGCAUCCCAGCAAGCGACACUAUCUCUUGCUUUUAGUUGCCUUUGCGCAAUUACCAUUGUUAUUUUGGCUUGGAAAUGUUAGUGUUUGA